AUGUCCAAAAGUUCAUAUAGAACAAUAAAAUAUACAAGUGAUGAUUCUAGCGUAGAAGUAUUACCAGUACAAUUAAAAGAAGCUCGAAUAGGUUUGGAGACUGCUAUUAAAUUUUUCGAGCAACAACCAGACGAUCUAGGUUUUGAUAUCAAAGACUUGCGUUUGACUGAAGAUAAGCUUGAAGAAUGGGGACUGGCUGGUGGAUCAAUUUUAGCAAUCGUAGAUUUCAUUGAGAAACUCAGAGGUGAAGAGUAUGAAUCCUCCAGUAAGCGGGGAAAGGUUGAAGAAGAUAUGACCACAAGCAGGAAAAGGAAAUACGAUGAGGAAGAAAAUGGUUCAAAACACCGCCACUUAGAUCUCUUCCGAACGAAGAUUCCCUUUUUGAUACUCCGAAUAAACGUCAGAUGUCUGACGAAAAAGUUAUCCAAUACUAGCUAUCUUAAUGCCAUGGAACAUUCACUGAAACAAAAUCAAGUUACCGUUCAGACGCCUUCCUUGUGGACGGAAUCUCGAAGUUCUUACAUCGACGAUGUUUUGAAGAAAUCGGGGGACGAGUUUAAGAUGGAGAUUAUGCGAAAAAUCGAGGGUGACGAAAGCAACAAGUUUCGUCUUUACUGCGAAAAAGUCUUAAUGGACUUCUAUAAUCUAGUAGAUGUAUUUCCUCAUCUUUUGAGAAAUAGAAAAUACAUUGUACAAAAUGUUUCUUCGUUAUUUAAAUUUUACGAAUCCACGUUUGGAAAUUUGUAUUUCGACUGGAUCGAGACCCAUUCAUCAGCAUCGAAAUUAAUAAAAUCACGUAUUUACUCCGGCAUUGCCAAGGUGGAUGUGAAAGAAAUUUUCCACGCAAAUGUAUCGGGUCCGCCGUCAUCGUCAUCACAACAUGGACGUGCUGUCAUCGAUACAACAAAAUCCAUACAUACUGACAUCUUGAACCUGGUUGCGAUUCUCCUUGACUACCUUCGAGCUCCGGUAGAAAUUGCAACUAAGAUUAAAGUUUUUAGUUUGCAAGGGAAUCCUCUAUAUGAUGGCGAUUUCCACGAAGAGAUUACGAAACAAAUUUCAGUUAUGGAAAACCUUGACUUAACAAUCGAUUAUAAUGAAGGAGGUACAGUUCGGGAUGUGUUAAAAAUUCCAAAACCUUUGAAGGAUCUUCUACGUGAAUACGGAAAAUAA